AUGGCUGGCGGUUAUUUUGAUCUACCGAUAUCUUCCUCUUCCAGGCGAUCAAGCCUUACUGAUACAUCUGGAGGAGACAGCAGAAGUCCCCCAGGGCCGCGUGUACCUCCUGCUUCACCCCUAGUGACCCCCAAUGAGGGUUUCCCAGAACGGCCGAUGGAGCCUGGCGGAGCCCAGGGCAAGCAUCGGAAUGCAGGUAUUCUCAAGAGCGCGAACCGUGUCAAGUUCACAGUCAGUGAGGCAGGGAUUCAUGAGAGCCCGGUCCUAUCAACGUCACAGGUCCGGUACGAGGGAAGGGGCUCCUCAUUGCCACAAAGGCCGUUGCCCAUCGCCAACAUUCCUUCGUCAGAGAGAGUAUCGGCUGAACCCCACUCCUUACCCUUAGUGGAUAUCGGCUCCAGCUACCCUGCGGGGGUCACAGGUCAUUCGAGGGUUAGCUCUCCGGGGAUCGCUGGAGCUGAUGAAGUCAAUAAUGAGAAGGGUAGGGCUAUCCAUUCAGCACAGGAGAGAGCCCAGCGACUGGCAUCCCUUUUGGGUCGUUCCAAGUCCCCCAGCUUGAGCCCGUGGCCGAGCGUGCCGUCAUCUAUUGCAUCAACUCCCACAGAGGUGUCUCAACCUAUAGAGGAUGGCGACGACAUUCCCAUGAUAAAGCUCCCUGAAAAGCAAUACGCCGACUGUUUUGACGAAGACGAAGAGUAUGAUCUAGUUGAUGGACAGCAGCAAACCCGCACCUCUGAGGCUCACCAUCUCGUACAACAAAUGACUCGCAAAGAUUUUAACGUUUUAAACCGCAUCCGUGCUCCAUCCCCUGGACUCCGGUCGGGACAGGUUACCCCCAUCGAAGAAAGGGACCCUGAUGCUUACGUGCAGCGCCCUACCCACUACCGCGGCGGUAUUCUCUCCUCCCUCCUGAAACUCUACGAACAACCUAGCAGCUACCCGCGCGGCCGUUAUGGACACUCCCGCCAUAGUAGCUCUGGGGAUCUAACUGGACGCGGCCUCUCCCCGGACCCGGGCUGGCGUUUCCAGCGCCCGAGAAAGUGGUAUGAGAAAUCCCCAAGCCAGUCCAACACCUCCCUUUCCGGCUCGACCGCCAAAAACUCGACUAGCUCGCCCAUUGCGAUGCUCAAGCGCUCCCGCAGCAGUGGUGCGGUCCCCGGAAUACCCAAGCGGUUGGGUAAGCCACAGCUGGAAGACGAGAUCCGAAUCACCGUUCACAUUGCCGAACUGCUCUCCCGUCAACGAUAUCUGAUCCAACUCUGCCGGGCCCUUAUGAAGUAUGGCGCCCCUACACAUCGGCUGGAAGAGUAUAUGAAGAUGACUGCUCGCGUACUCGAGAUUGAUGGGCAAUUCCUCUAUCUUCCAAGCUGCAUGAUCAUAUCUUUCGAUGAUGCAUCUACCCAUACCACCGAAGUGAAAAUGGUCCGCUCGGCCCAGGGGGUUGACCUAGGGAAACUUUCCGACGUGCAUGUCAUCUACAAAGAAGUGAUCCAUGAUGUGAUAGGGGUUGAAGAGGCCAUCCAGCGGCUUCAAGAGAUCAUGAAGAAGAAGAACAAGUACCCCGUGUGGGCUCUCAUCCUCCUUCAUGGGCUGGCCAGCGCGUCUGUUGGCCCCUUUGCCUUCAAUGCUAGGCCUAUCGACAUGCCUAUUGCAUUCUUGCUUGGGUGUCUCCUGGGCAUCCUCCAACUCGUCCUCUCGCCUCGAUCCCACCUAUACGCCAACGUCUUUGAGAUAUCCGCCGCCGUUCUGACCUCCUUCCUUGCGCGGGCCUUUGGAAGCAUCCGGUACGACGGAGGGCGAUUAUUCUGCUUCUCUGCUUUGGCUCAGUCUUCUAUUGCCCUUAUCCUCCCUGGUUAUAUGGUGCUGUGUGCCAGUCUGGAACUGCAGUCACGCAGCAUUGUGGCCGGCUCUGUCCGCAUGGUCUACGCGAUCAUCUACUCCUUAUUCCUUGGAUUUGGCAUCACAAUUGGUACCGCAGUCUACGGCCUGUUAGACUCCGAUGCCUCCUCCGAUUACACCUGUCCUGCCAGUCCAAUAAAGAACGAAUACCUUCAACAUUUCCCCUUCGUCAUCGUCUUCACUUUCUGUCUCGCUGCAAUCAACCAAGCAAAAUGGAAGCAAAUGCCCAUGAUGCUGGUCAUCUCAUUUGCCGGAUACGUGACCAACUACUUCGGCGCAAAGCGAUUCUACUCCAGCACCCAGAUAUCCAGCGCCCUAGGCGCCUUUGUGAUUGGUGCAAUCGCAAACUUGUACAGUCGACUCCGCCACGGAUUCGCAGCAGCAGCCAUGCUCCCGGCCAUUUUCGUCCUCGUUCCGUCUGGCCUGGCGGCGAGCGGCUCAUUGAUCUCGGGUAUAGCCUCUGCAGAGCAAAUUACCUCCCACACGACGCCUUACUCUGUCGUGGCCAACGGUACCCAGGGCUUUGUCGAUGCCGCCAAGAACAUGACACAAAGCUCCUCUCAGAACUACCAAGGGGUGGUCUUUGACAUUGGCUAUGGAAUGGUCCAAGUUGCUAUUGGAUUCACCGUGGGACUGUUCCUCGCUGCCUUGGUUGUUUACCCACUAGGCAAGAAGCGAAGCGGACUCUUCGCUUUCUAAAAAAAAACCUUUAUUAUUGAUUUCUGUCUUUCUUUUUUCUUUCUCAUUUUACUAUAUCACACCUCGUGUCUGUUUGUCUUUGUCCUGAUUUUUUUUUACGGAAGCGGGUUGGAUUAGUCAUGUUAUUCAGCGUGGUUUUGGAUGAUUUGAUUUGAUUUAAACAACGCAUUUGUUG